CCGUUGUCAAAAUAAAUGAUAAGAAAAAUUGGUAGAAGAGCGCAUGCGUCUGACAAUUUUCGGCCAUAUUGUUAUGACGCAUACAAGAUCAUAGGUCUCCGCCAGUGACGAGUCUUCUCGCAGUUGACGUGGCUACUACGUACCGUCCCGUUCGCCCACUCCGGACGCAGCAUAUACGGUGACGAAGAAUACGUAACUGGUGACCUUAGUGGGAAUGGAGGGAAUGGUGGAGGAGAACGGCACGUCCGGUGGCGCGGGCGGCACUGAUCCGUUGACGAACUCUAACUCUUCUGCUCCCGCCCCUGCCCCACACGUCGUUGCCGCCACCAGCAUCGUGCAGCUCAACCUGCCUGCACAGUCCCCCUCAGCACAGGCCCAAUCAGUUAUUCAACCUAAUCAACAGUCUGUGAUACAAACAGCAUCUAAUAUACAAUCUGUGCAGUUACCUAAAGGAAAUGUUAUACUUGUCAGUAAACCAAGCUCUGUCAUACACACAACACAAGGAACACUACAAACAUUGCAGAUUAAACCAGAACCAAAUACAGUAGUGAGUACACAAGGACAGUCUUGUACUGAUGACAGCUGUAGUGAUGAUGAGAGUCCAAAACGAAAAUACCGUGAGAUGUUGACAAGACGUCCCUCAUACAGAAAGAUACUCAGUGAUCUUGGAGGUGCUGAAAUUGCCGAAAAUCGCAUGGGCUCUAAACCGGGAUGUGAGAAUGAAGUAUCGCUGUCAGCUCCUUUGUCGUUUGCACCAGUAAUUCCAGCGGGCGCGCUGCAGACAGACAGCGGGCUGCACACGCUGUCGGUGUCGGGGGCGGCCGGCGGUGGCACCAUCGUUCAGUACGCGACUAACCAAGAUGGACAGUUUUAUGUGCCGGGUCCCAUGUUAGAAGACCAAACGCGCAAACGGGAGCUAAGAUUACUGAAAAAUCGAGAAGCAGCUAGAGAGUGUCGUCGUAAAAAAAAAGAAUACAUAAAAUGUUUGGAGAAUAGAGUGGCAGUUUUGGAAAAUCAAAACAAGGCAUUAAUAGAAGAACUUAAGUCCUUGAAAGAACUUUACUGUCAACAAAAAACAGAAUGAGGCCCAGCCGGCUAACCAGGUGUGCCGCUGCCCCGCCGGUGAGACUUUCUAGGCACACGUUGUUACUUCAUGCUGCGUUUAGAGUGAUACCUACUUGGUUCCGUCUCAUAUAGUAUUUUAGCGCAUCUGCCAGUUUUGAUAGACUUUUGAAUAAAAUUUCUCAAUUAAUGUGAAAAUAAACAGUUAUAAAAUAUCAAGUUGCGCUGAUGAGUGUCAAAAAUCGUUUAGAAAUCUCUUAGUUUUAUAUGAAAAUUUUGUAAGUAGGCUAAUUCUAAAGCGCAGUAGUGCAUGUGUACCAUCUGGUACGAGGCAUCAGGUGCCGUGGGCGAAGUCAAGCCAACUUCAUGUUCCCGAGGCGAUGUUACAAGUGGCUUGAGCUGUAACGUUCAUACAGGGUGCCCGCGUGGGUGUCAAUAAAAUCUGUGUAUAUUUUAUUGUAAAUAGAGAGAUAAUAAUAAAGAAACCACUUCUCUAUAUAAGAAGGGGUAAAAUUAAAUUUAUUCUAAAUGAAAAUGAUUUGGCAAAUAGC